CCAGAAAGGUCCAUCAAGAUGUUACAGGUACCGCUGCCCCUGGAUCGAGAUGGGAUCCUCUUCCGGCUCCGUUUUACCACGCUGGCCGUUGGGACCGUGUUUUGCCCGCUCUUUGGUUUCCUUUUCUGUGUGAUCUGGUCUCUGCUGUUCCAUUUCCAGGAGACAACAGCGACCCACUGCGGGGUCCCUAACUACCUCCCCUCCAUCAGCGCCGCCAUCGGAGGCGAGACCCCCCAGCGUUACGUCUGGCGCCUCUGCAUCGGCCUCCACUCGGCUCCCCGCUUCUUGGUGGCAGUCGCCUACUGGAACCACUACCAGAGCUGGCACUGCUCGCACCCUCGCUACCUGCGCUUGUGCCACUUCAACCUGCUGCUCAACCUGCUCGAAAACUUCGCCCUCCUUAUUCUGACGUACGUGUCCUCAUCUGAAAACUAUGCAAUCCACGAAAAUGCCUUCAUCGUCUUUAUCACGUCGGCUCUGGGCCACAUGCUCCUGACGUGCAUCCUCUGGAGAAUGACUAAGAAACACACAGUAAGUCCCGAGGUACAGAAACUUUCCUUCUUAUCUCUGUGCAGUGCUGGGUGCUGGGGAGGGGUCUCUCGGCUGGCGGUGGAGGGCUUUGGCUGUCGCUCGCUUGUGAAAUAA